AGGUCACACAAAAUUCUGUAAAAACAAGUUAUUAUUUAACUCAAUUGGACUUGUUCCUUUGAGUAAACAAAGUCUGGGUAAUAUUGUUAUUUUUUUGAUUAGGACAAUUCAUCCAAGGCUAGAGAGCUUUAAAUUAUUCCAAUUUUAAUAUCUCUUUUUAUAUUUUUCCCAUAUUAUUAAAAAUCAUCUUCAGUUUCAUCAGAUUAUUCAGUUGAGAGAGGUAAACAUGUUAGCACUUAGAGCACCUGAAACUCGCAUUGAAUUCUCUGUUAGUUAUGAACCCUAAUUAUCUUAGCUAGUCAGACUGGCUAAGCAAGGGUUGGUGGAGCUGAGAAUUAUGGAAAUUUGGGAGGGAUCAUAUUUUGAAACUCCCAAAACUAUUUCAACCAAGAUGAGCCAUCUGACUCUCAGUUUCUAUAGAAUGUUUUUAAUGAGCAAUGCUUUGUGAAGAGAGCUUCAGCAGGAAUCUACAUUGAAACACUGUUAUAUUAAGACCAAAGUCUGCUUUUACAGAACUGGAUCUUCAAUGGCCGGGGAAAGAUUGAUCAACGGGCUGAAAUGAAAAUGAACUCUAUCCUAGAAGAAAUUCUGAUUAAAAGAUCGCAACAAAAGAAGAGAACAUCUCCUUUAAAUUAUAAAGAGAGACUUUUUGUUCUUACAAAAUCCAUGUUAGCAUAUUAUGAAGGUCGUCCAGAGAAAAAGUACAGAAAAGGAUCAGUUGAGAUUUCCAAAAUCAAGUGUGUGGAAAUUGUGAAGAGUGAUGGUAUUAUUCCCUGUCAAAAUAAAUAUCCAUUUCAAGUUGUAUAUGAUAAUAGCACACUCUAUAUCUUUGCUCCCACUGCAUACAGCAGGGACCAGUGGGUAAGGAAUUUGAAAGAAGAAAUAAAGAACAAUAAUAAUAUAAUGGUAAAGUACCACCCCAAAUUCUGGACAGAUGGCAUCUAUCAGUGUUGCAGACAAACAGAAAAAUUAGCACCUGGCUGUGAAAAAUAUAACUUCUUUGAAAAUGGUGUCAAGUCAUUGCCUCUACCGAUGCCAGAUAAAAAUAAGUUCCAAAGAAGACCCCCACCACCUGUUCCUCCAGAAGAAGAGGAAGAAGAGGAAGAAAUAGUAAUAGCCAUGUAUGACUUUCAGCCCACAGAACCUCAUGACUUGAGACUAGAAAGAGGUCAAGAAUAUACCAUAAUUGAAAAAAAUGACAUUCAUUGGUGGAAAGCAAGAGAUAAACAUGGCAACAAAGGAUAUAUUCCAAGCAACUAUGUAACAGGAAAGAAAUCCAACAGCUUAGAUCAGUAUGAGUGGUACUGUAGAAACCUGAACAGGAGUAAGGCAGAAAUUCUUCUCAGAAAUGAGGAUAAAGAAGGUGGUUUUAUGGUGAGGGACUCCAGUCAACCAGGUUUAUAUACGGUAUCCCUUUAUGCAAAAUUUGGGGGAGAAGGGUUAUCUGGAAUAAGACACUAUCAUAUAAAAGAAAUGAUGACACCACAAAAACAGUACUAUCUAGCAGAAAAGCAUCUCUUUAACUCCAUUCCAGAAUUAAUAGAGUAUCAUCAACACAAUGCUGCAGGUCUUGUGACGAGGUUAAGAUAUCCCGUGACUCCAAAAGCAAAACCCUCGCCAGCUACUGCAGGAUUCAGUUAUGAGAAAUGGGAAAUCAAUCCUGCGGAGCUCACCUUUAUGAGAGAACUGGGCAGUGGUCUUUUUGGUGUGGUGCGGCUCGGCAAAUGGAGAGCACAAUAUAAAGUAGCCAUCAAAGCAAUUCGAGAAGGUGCAAUGUAUGAAGAGGACUUUAUAGAAGAAGCUAAAGUGAUGAUGAGGCUAACCCAUCCGAAAUUAGUCCAGCUGUAUGGCGUUUGUACUCAACAAAGACCUAUUUACAUAGUGACUGAAUUCAUGGAGCACGGCUGCCUUCUGAAUUACCUAAGACAAAGACGGGGACACUUCAGUAAGGACAUUCUGCUGACCAUGUGUCAGGAUGUAUGUGAAGGAAUGGAAUACCUAGAAAGCAAUAGCUUCAUUCAUAGAGAUCUGGCUGCUAGGAACUGUUUAGUGAAGGAAUCAGGGGUGGUGAAAGUGUCUGAUUUUGGCAUGACAAGGUAUGUACUUGAUGAUCAGUACACGAGCUCUUCAGGUGCUAAGUUUCCUGUGAAGUGGUGCCCUCCGGAGGUUUUUAACUAUAGCCGAUUCAGCAGCAAGUCAGAUGUCUGGUCUUUUGGUGUUCUCAUGUGGGAAGUAUUUACUGAGGGCAAAAUGCCCUUUGAAACUAACACAAACUAUGAAGUGGUGACUAUGAUUAGCCAAGGACACCGUCUAUUUCGACCAAAGUUAGCUUCUAAGCAUGUUUAUGAUGUGAUGAUGGUGUGCUGGCAUGAGAAACCAGAAGAUCGUCCAACAUUUCAAGUUCUGCUGCAGAUGAUAGAUGCUAUAGCAGAAGAUGGUUCCUCAUGACAAGACAUAACAGAAGUUCACAGUAAGGAGACAGUGUUUUCAAGAUGUUGCUGCUGCACUCUCAUGAAGGCACAAUCCUGGGUGCUGCUUAAAAUGACCACACAGAAAGAAAGCAGCAGUGCAUACUAUUUAUCUCUAAAAGGACCUUGUGAGGUACCCAAAGUUUGCUCAGUUAUUUAAGUAACUGUCUAGCGGACACCUCUAGCAGUUGCCAAAGAGAAAAAGGUGCUUCUUUAACUGAGGACAAGCUGGAACCCCCAUUGAUUGCAGAGCAGUGAUGGAAUCAUAUGCAAGUCUCUUCAGUCUUUUUUUUACAUUCAAACACGAAGAGUGGCAGUUCAUGACUUUUUGAAUCAUGGCCAAAUACUGCCACAACAAUGCUUCUGAGGCCUUCCUUAAAAUUCCUUGUCUUAGAAGGGCUGGCCGCAGCUAUAAAUACUGUUGCUAGCUCCUGAACUUAACAGUUCUGUCUUUUUUGCUUUCUAUCAGACAUUGCAGAACCUAUCAACCACUGGCUCAGAACUGUUCCAUCUCGUGGUUAAGUUUGUGCUUUUUAUCUUUUAUCACAACAAAGUCUUUUUAGAGAAUUUGUAAGUGGAGAAUGCUAAACCUAUAACCAGUUCUGUCAACAGUGCUAGUUGGUACACUGUAGCAGUUAGCUGAUAGCAAAGUAAAACACAAUAAAAGGUAUAUGGAGUACAAGAGGAUAGUACCUGGGUACAAAUCACAUGGUUAAAUAGAGAUUAAUGAGGGCAAAGGUGCUAUGGGCCAAUUACUAUCUUUCAGCCUAACCUACCUCAUAUGGUUGUUGGGUGAAUGGAGGAGAGGGAAAGAUGAAUGGGAGAGGGAAAGAAGUGUAGCAUGAAAAUGUAAUAACAUUAUAGUGGUCUGAAAGUUGUAACUCACACAGGACAUGGUGUAGUAUAGACUAAUAUGAAAGCAGGCUUAGAAUGUACUUGAAUAGUAUUCAGAAUAAACUAUAAAUACAUCUACAUUCUGUAAAUAUAUACAUUGCACACACUUAUUUAUAUGAAAUAGGAACAGACUGUUUCCUGAAAGUUUGGGAAGCAGAGACUUCUGAAUCCUUAUUAUGUUGCACAUUGUUUGUGAUAUUGCACCUGUAGCAGAAGAUAAGCAAGCAUGCUCCAAGUUUGACUAUAAAUCAGAAUCUUGUUGGUCAGUUUGUUGUUCUAACUCUGCAGCCAAUAAAAUGUGUUUCAUGGCCC